UAUAAUUCCAUUUUUAUACAAUUUCAUUGCUUUUUAUCUCAUUAUUUUAGUGGAUGUAAGCAAUUUGUUAUUGUUAAUGCUGUUGUAAUGUUGCUUUGUUUGAUUUUAGUCACGGUAACAAGAUGGCAAGCAUUAUUGGUGCUAUUAAAGGUAAUAACAGAUGUAGCUCAGGAAUAGCACCCAACGUUACCAUUAUAGCGCUGAAGAUCUUUAAGGUGAUCCUAAUUGGGUCUACUUUACCUGUACUAGAACCAAAACACUGGUCAGAUUCUGACGUAAUUUCACGGGCAUUAAGCUACAACCUUAACACUACUGACAUAUUUGCCAAUGCAUGGGCACCUGUUAGACCAUUUGACAAACUUGAUGUAGCAAUAAAAGAUGUGAUAAGUCAUGGGGCAAUCCACGGUCGUCACGGCCUAGGUACUGUUCAUGUUGUACCAUCUGGUCCUACAGGAAGCGAACUUUCUAACAAUAUUCACACAAUCACAGUGUCCAGUGUCGGUAGAAAUGGAAUAAUUCCGGAUUAUGUUUAUACAGACGCCAGUGUAUUGACAUCUGGACUUGGCGAUGGAAACAAUCUCACAUCUUCCUCAAUGGUUACAACAACUUUGGAAGACAGAUGUGUAACCGGGUUUAACGGGAUCUCUGCUGCCACAGCCCAAAUAGCGGGGAUUAUAGGACUGGGCCUCGAAGCUAAUAAAGACCUGUCAUUAAGGGAUAUCCAACAUCUACUUGUUCAGUCUUCCGAACACAGACAACUACGAGAGAGAAUCGCAUUUACAAAAAAUGCAGCUGGGAGACACUUUCACGGAGUGUUUGGUUUUGGUCUUAUAAAUGCCGAUAAGUUUGUUAAAAAGGCACAAAAACACCGCCCAACACCUACAAUGCGCAAGAAGAAGCUCAAGACGUACAUAACCAGACCACAUCAAGCUCACACACAGACGUUUGAGUUUUGUUAUGAAUGCCAAGGGUUAGAAUGUCCGACUAUUUUAGAGUAUGUUAAAGUUCAAAUGGACCUUGAAGCAAAAUCAACUGAAAUAAAAAUAUCAAUAGUAUCGCCUGGUAAAACGACAUCUGUUUUAAUGGAUUUUAUACCUGAAAUGGGCAAGUCAGUGUAUGUACAGAAACUACGACUGUUAUCCUGUCAUUUCUGGGAUGAGGACCCACUUGGUACUUGGCUGUUGCAUGUGCAGGACAAACACUCAGCAAGUAACAUUCAAGUAAAACAUUUAUCGCUUAAAUUUUACGGGACUACUAAACCAGCAAUUUUUAAGAACCAGCAGCAUUAUAGAAAUGUUUGCAGCACAAACAACAGCACGAAAAGCGAAACUGUUACAACAAAAGUUUCGACGACAAAAUCGACGGAGCAUGAAAAAGACCAAACAAUCAUUAAAAGUUAUUUUGAUUUGAUUCACAUUGUUGUACAAUUGGUUAUCAUUGUUGUAGCAUUAUCAAUAAUGAUUGCGAUUUGGGUUGAUAUGAUUGUUAAAACUAUAAUCAUUACAAGACGAAUGUGUGUGUCUUUAGGGGAUGAUAUGAAUUCAAGUGAAAACUUACUUUAGAAGUUGUGUAUGAAA